GAGGCAGAGGCAUAAUGGGAUUUGUAGUUUCACCACAGCUGGGGGGGCAGAGGUUGCCUACCCCUGAAAUAGAGGAAUACCCUUUUUGCCUUUCCAAAGACUGAACCCAACACUACUUCCCAAAGAUUCCUGGAACCGAUACACCACAACAAGGGACUGUUUGCCAAGACAAUACAGGUGUCAUCUGUUAACAUUGGAAAAACCAUAAGAAGAACCAAAUUAGUGGCCUUUUUUUCCAGGUUGUAUUUUGUACCUUCCGCCUCCUCCCUCCCCUAACCCUACAUGAGUCUUAUCUUGUCUAUCGUCCCAAAACUGUUGUAGAAACUACUGUAUAAGUUAUAUACAAAAUAGAGAUGUAAUGAUAUGUAUAUGGCACCCUUUUCUGCUCUUGUAAAACUAUUUAAAAACUUUAAUAAGCAAAAGAAGGAAUAAAGAAUCUAUAAAACAAUAAAAAGAACUGCUGCUGGUGGCCUUUUUCGCAAGUUGUACUUUGUACUUUUCUCGUUCGCCUAACACCACCCAUGUCUUGCUUUGCCUAGCCACCUAUAAUUGGCGCAGAAACUAUAAGUUAUCAAAUAAAAAAGAGGAAACAGAGAGAAUGACUUGUAUAUGACAUGUUUUCUUCUCUUGUAAAACAAAUAAAACUUUAUCAAACACACAAAAAAACAAGGAAGCUGAAAUGAUUUACAUUUAUGAACAGAAAAUUGUGCUCUUCACAAAUCAGCGAGAGAGAGAGAGAGAUAUCUGCCGAACGUCCCCCACUGUGCCGGAAUGGAAACACUCACCAUAUUCAUCCUGAUCGCCACAGCCCAAAAGGCUUUUGGUGCUGCAGAUUUUUCAGUGUGCGGUUCCCCUGUGGUGUCCAGUCGGAUAGUUGGCGGUACAGAUGCGUUGGAUGGGGAGUGGCCCUGGCAGAUCAGCCUGCAAUAUUCAGGAUCACAUAGAUGUGGGGGGUCCCUGAUCUCACCAGAGUGGGUUCUGACUGCAGCACAUUGCAUUAUACAUCCUAUCCAGGAAUCGAAUUAUAAAGUGUAUUUGGGCCUGUACAGGCUGGGUGUGAUUGGCUCUCAAACAAUUGUUGCCGAUGUAAGCAAUAUCAUCACCAAUCCUAAAUAUAGAGACACUGGAGACAUCGGGGACAUCGCCCUGGUAAGGCUGGCCACACCUGUCACCUAUACUCAGUACAUCAUGCCGAUCUGUCUGCCAUCUUCCAACACCACCUUCCCCUGUGGUAUGGAGUGCUGGGUGACUGGAUGGGGUGCAACAUCUUCUGGAGGAAGCAAGCCUAUAAAUGGGACCCUCCAGGAGGUCAUGACUCCCCUGAUAGAUCACAGUACAUGUCAAGAAAUGUAUUGCAAAGGGGGAAGUGGUGACAACAUCCAGGAUGAAAAGAUUUGUGCUGGCUACAUGGAUGGGCAAAAGGAUUCCUGCCAGGGGGACUCGGGAGGACCUCUGGUGUGUAAGGUGCGGGGUGUAUGGUACCAGGUCGGAAUUGUGAGCUGGGGAAUAGGCUGUGCAUCCUUCAGCUUCCCUGGGGUGUACACACUGGUGACAUCCUACCAAGCCUGGAUCAGCACCUACCUGCAAGUUACAUUCAAUGAAGUGCCAGAAAUUCCUAAACCAACAAGGACAUGUGGAGGAAAGGUCAUUGACAUGGGGUACACCCGUUCCACAACACAUGCAAGAGGUACUGCCUGUAUGAGGAACAAAGCAACGACAUAUGAAGGAAGCUCCAUCACAUCCAGAUCCAGCGUUUCACACCAUUGCUGGAUGAUCCUGCUCCAGACUACUUUUCUGCUCACAUUAAUAUAACUGACAGCUUCCAUCUUUUCUGACCUAGACACUGGGGUUGGUUUACUAAUAGAUAUGAGAUCUCAGUUUGGACAGAACAUUGUGUUCACCUGAACACUGAAUUUUUAGCUUAUGGCAGGACUUGAACAUCAAAAAUAGUAGCAUUUUGUUCUACUGGUACUAUCUAUAUACAGUAUAAAUAAAAUCAACCCUGCCCUAAAAAA